ACUACUCUCUAUAGCACUCUCAGUAAUACUCUAAUGUAACACUCUUAUGACUUCUCUCAAUUUAAAUGAUUGUUUUUCCUUUUUAUUUGAAUGCAUUUGAAUUUAAUUUGGCAAAUAAAGUUGCUCAUGUUUUCAACUAAAGGAAAAGAAAUCCUCCUGAUGGUGAACACCAAUGAUCCAGAUGAUGGGAGCAUCCUGAGGGAAGAGAAAAGAGUGGAUUCUGCCUCUCGCUUUUUGCUCACCCGUCCCAAAGUGUGGGACGAAGAGGUGGAGGAUGAAACAACUACAGUUCAUCCUGCUGUUUCCGAGCCAACAACAGCAUAUGGCAACGUUACAAGUGCCAGUGCUGAGAGAGCUGGAGAGCAGAGAGAAAAGAGACGUGUACUCAAGCUCCACUCAGUGAAUGUCGACUCGGCAGCUGAACUCUGUCUUGAACCCAUGUCCGAGGGCCACUGCACUGAAUACGUCCUGCUCUGGUACUAUUAUGCCGUGUCAGGAGAAUGCCGUCCUUUUGUGUACGGUGGCUGUGGAGGAAAUGGGAACCGAUUCAGCUCCAAACAGGACUGCCAGAGUACAUGCAUUCUGGGAAGGAGAGAUUCUGGAUCCUGAAGAAGGAAAAUACAUGCUAUUUUAACAGCUAAACUGAUGUUAACUUUACUGAAAAUGCUAUUUUUGUACAUUUCCCAUAUGUAUAUUAGUCCAUUAUAGCUGUAUGCGACAAAAACAAUGUUCAUAACUUCCUUAUUCAUCAUGUAUUGCACUUUUGUUGUAAUACAAGGACAUCAACAAAUUCAUAACACAUGAUCUUUACUUUAAGCCAUACAGUUUUGUUGGUAUGAUUAAAUGUGUAAAUGUUGAUUUACAGUUUAAAAAAUGAUUAAUUUAGUUGUUAAAUGCACUAUUAUUAUAAGUGUCCUGUUUACCAUUUUGCACUAAUGGUUCGGUUUGUAAUAUGUUCCUAAUCUGACUGUUUUUAAUAUAAUAUGUGAGAUAAUAAAAGAAUGAACGGAAUACAUU